CCAUAAGACAAAAUUCAACUCAACUCAACAAUUUGAAUAAUAAUAAGGGCCAGUAAGAAUAAUCUAAUUCCUGUUUUUAUCUGUCCCCAAGUUAGUCAGUGAUUUUUGCUAAUCCAUUUACGUCCUCGUUGAACCAUAACCCAUAAAACAAACAAACAAAAAAACAACAACAUGUUUCCAUGUUCCGUCCAUUGUUUCAAAUGUUCUAGGGGAGCAACAAAAGACCAGCAUGAAGCGGACAAAGGUGACGUCCCCCUCACAUCUCCUCCCAUGUCUCCUCGCUUCCAUCCCAUGGCAAGCUCUCCCGUUCUGUCGCUCUUCCUCCCUCUCUCUCUCUCCCUCUCUGUAGGUGAUAUAGCGCCGUCAGUCCCUUGCAGGUGUCCAACAUGGCGAUCACGGGGAGCGGAUCUCUCGCAGCUUUUUUCCUCUCAGUUUGCGUCUUCACAGCUGAGCUUCUUCUUGAAGGAGCGACUGAAACAGUGACAGUUGAAAGUCAGAACUUGGCAACUGACAACGUGUCAGUUAUCGAGGGAGAGACGGCCACCAUCAGCUGCAGAGUGAGGAACAAUGACGACUCUGUCAUUCAGCUGCUCAACCCAAACAGGCAGACCAUCUACUUCAGAGACGUCAGACCUCUGAAAGACAGCCGUUUCCAGCUGGUGAAUUUCUCUGACAACGAGCUGCGGGUGUCGCUGUCCAACGUGUCGCUCUCUGAUGAAGGACGCUACGUCUGCCAGCUGUACACUGAUCCUCCUCAGGAAGCCUACGCCGACAUCACUGUUCUGGUCCCACCAGGCAGUCCCCUCAUUGAAAGCCGUGAGAACGUGGUCAGUGAAGGGAAUGAGACGGAGCUCACCUGCAUGGCCGUGGGCAGUAAACCAGCAGCAUCCAUCAGGUGGAUUAAAGGAGAUGAAGAACUGAUAGGGGAGACGACAUUUGAAGAGAUGAGUGACAGGACGUUCACUGUCACCAGCAGCGUCAAAUUCCCUGUUACCAAGGAGGAUGACGGGGUACUUGUGGACUGCAUCGUUGACCACCCGGCUGUGAAGGAACUAGUCGCUCAUAAAUACUUGGAAGUGCUAUAUAAACCAGAAGUGAAGAUCGUGGUGACGUAUCCUGAAGGUUUGACCAGAGAAGGCGACAAUUUAGAUUUAAUGUGCAUUGCUGAAGGAAAGCCUCAUCCACAUGAGAUCAACUGGCUGCGGGUGGACAAAGACGUUCCGUCUCAUGCUGUGGUCACUGGCUCUGAUCUCUACAUCGAGAACCUUAACAAGUCCUUCAAUGGAACCUAUCGCUGCAUAGCAUCUAACGCUGUGGGAGAGGCCUACGAAGACUACAUCCUCUACGUUUACGAUGCUCCCACUACUCUCCCCACUCCCACCACCAACCCUGUCAACGUGCAAGACUCUAGAGCCGGCAAGGGGGCGACGCCAAAGAUUGACCACGCAGUGAUCGGCGGAGUAGUCGCAGUGGUGAUGUUUGUAAUCCUCUGCACUCUCAUCAUCCUGGGUCGAUACUUCGCUAGACACAAAGGAACUUACUUCACACAUGAAGCCAAAGGUGCGGACGACGCGGUGGACGCAGACACUGCCAUCAUCAACGCAGAGGGGGGACACAGCAACACAGACGAGAAGAAGGAGUAUUACAUCUAAAGAGGACGGACCAAAGGGACAGGUGGGAGUGGUGCUGGUGAUGGUGCUGCUUUAGGAACAUCACGGUCAACCGAGGUCGGUUGGCGGUGAAGGGGAGUAGAGGGAGGGUCUGCCUGCUGAGGCCUGUUCUGUACAGUUUUCUCCUACAGACAGUUCUGUGCCUUGUUCGCGUUUUCGUUUUAUUCUCCUUUCACGUGAGUUGAAUUUCCAUUCGGUGUCUUGCACUUUAUUAGAUCCUUUGCAAAAUGUCACCUUUUUUUAGAGUAUUUACGGUAAGUUUCUUAACAUUUGCCUGAGGUCAUGUUCUUUUUAUCUGUAAAACCCAAAUGAAAACACAUUUUGCCAACGUGGCCUUUACAUUUGUGGAGGAAGACGUGAUGAACGGCAGUGAGAGGGACGUGGAGGACAGACAUGUGGACAGCUGGACUCAACCUGCGUCUCUCUGAGAAACAUAUUGAAAAGGUCUGCUUUGGAUAAAGAUGUCGUCAGGUUCACGUUAAAGUCAGACGAAUGUGGCUGUGAAUGAAAUCCAACCCAGUCUGUACUGAAUCAGACUGGAUUUACUGAUCUGUUGGGACAACACCUCCGACUGUUGGACCGUUUUAGAUCUGGUCAGACUGUACUCAGGUUACAGUGUAGUUUUUCUAUGGCAGUUCUAAGGUCCAUCAAAGCAAAAUGUGUUUGUGAAUUCGGGCUUUACAAAUCAAAUUUAAUUUAACCUGACAACUCGGGUUAUGUUGGCCCAAAUAUUCUUGAUUUUUUUUUUUUUUUAUUCUUCCUGACAACAGUACUUAGGGACCAAUAAGAACAGAGGUGUGUUUUGUGAGAGUUCUGUUCAUAUUAGGUUUGAAUGGCUUCUGUGUUGGCCACAGUUGGCUGACAGUGACCAGAGGUCAACUCAUCCACACACGACACCGACACAGACCGAGACACACCUUCAAGUUCAAGGCAUUAAUCUGUGAUGUUAACAGUGAGUGACGACUGUCGUGUUAGGAGGUGGAUCUCAUCGUAGACGGGAUGAAAAAAACAACAAGCAUUUUUUAAAAGUUGUCACUAAUU